CUCAUGAUCGAUGAAAGUGACAAGUCUUGUACCGUGCAAGCAAUCUCAUUUGUUGAUCAUUCGGCGACGAGAAUGACUCGGCCGAUACUACCUUCUCGGAUUCUGAAACUGGUUGUCGUUGUAUCGGUAGCCCUAUUGAAAUUUACCGACGUGACUGUCGAUGCGUUUGCAUCCUUUUCGACCCGGGGAUCGAUUUUGCAUUCGUCCCUCCACCAUGGCAGUGAUCACCGGUGCCGAAGCACCCUGAACAAGUUGUCGGCCCGGCUUUGGGCUCAAAGCCAGCAAAUAACCAUUCGCGACUGGCGCUCGAACGGUAACGAACCCGAAUCUAUUUACGAACUUCUGUUGGAGCAAAGAAGAGAGCAGGCCCAGACGACCAACGAUGACUUUGAUCCCGAAGGAUCCCUUGAAUUAGAUGUGUUGAAUCGACUCUGUCUGCAGGAAUCGUAUUCGAAAGAGGACGGUGGGUGCUUUUUGGUAGCCGUGGCAGGGGAUUGCAACGAUCACAACGACGACGACGAAAACGGCGACAAGCGAAAAUCAUCCAUCGUGGGGACGCUGGGUAUGAUAACCGGCACCCAGGUCGUGUACCAAUCAUCCGGAUCAUCCGUGUCAGAACCCGAGGUCGCCGCAGCGAUUCGACGUGUGUGUUCAUCGUGGUCGGAGGAUGAAGACGAUGGCACUGCCAAACAAGGGUUGACGAAGCAGGUGUCUACGACAACUCUUCUGGAGGACUUGAUCCGAGAAGGCGAACAACGCGCCAUUCAAUCAGGGGCGACCCGUAUAAUUGGACUCGCAUACCCAGAAACGACGGGAGCAGCCGGCGAGAAAGCGAGGGUAGCAAAGCCAUCCACUGAUCUUUUCGAAUCACUCGGGUAUCGAAGAUCUGACCAGCAGUUGCCCGGAGUCAAGACUCUACAAUACGAAAAGAAACUAUCUCGAAACGAGGCAUUGGCAAAUUCCAAUGCAGUUCUUACCGAAUCGAGUGUAGAGCGAUGGAUAUUGCCAGCAGCAAUCGUCGGGUUGGUCUCGCUGGGAUACCUUGUAUUCAACUUGUAUAGCAACGUGUUUGGCAUCGAACAACUUUGGGGGUCGAGUGACAAUGCCGGAAUAGGUACUUCGUUGUCAACGCAGAAUCUCCAAGACCUCAUUCGAGACGAAAAGCUAGGACGCUCCGGACUUGAUGACGGUAUUAGUUCUUAUGCUUCCACAAGACAGUGGGAGGAUUUGUCACCCGAAGAGCUUCGGGAAGAGCAGGCUCUUAUGAAGGUGAUCCAGGGACAGUCGAUUCGAUUUAAAUAAUAGGAAAAGCAGCAAGUUCAUGCCGAUGAAUUACAUU